UCGUGGCAUUAUCGUCAUGGAGGAGCAGGAAGUAGUGAGCGUGGAAAAUAAAGCUCUCCGGUCUCUAAAUGCUGAUGUCAAAACCCACGUUAAUUUUAUUAAUCAGUCGAAACAAAGCGCCCGGGCAUGGUGGUUGGAUUAUUCCGGACAUCCAGUUUCUUAUGGCGAUAUACGAACGAACGGGUUAUUAAGUAUGAAUACUUUUCUGACGCAUCCAUGGGUUUUCAGAGCCGCUCGAAAUGGGGCGAAACUUUUAGCUAAUCGGCAAGAUGUUUAUAUGCCAACAGCUGCCACCGAAUAUGAAGAGGACGGUGACCCCAGGUUUCUGAAUGUUGUCAUAGCUACCCCAGUGUACUCUCUGCAGGAGUGUUGUCUGAUGCUAAUCCGUAAUCUGGUAGAAGAGGAGGACUACGGCAGACUGGACAUCCCCGAGUCACUGAAGACAGACCUCAGACAACAGCCUGACUUACUGAAGGAGCUGGGACUCAUCAACCGUCUCAGAAUGUUGACCUAGGAUCAGUUGUAUCAUUUAGAUCACAAUGAAUCAGAUUACAUGGAGGGGGGGGGAUGACCUGAUCCUAGAUCAGCUCUCAUACUCUGAGAAGCUUUAUGCAUAACAGGCUACUGAAUAAUGGACUUUCUGUUGACCAAAUGUAGCCCCCCCCCACCCCCCUCCCUUGCUCUGAACUCGUUAGUGGCUCUAGAACAGUGGACUUCAGUCAGGUUCGGGGAACUGCAAUGGGGUCGCGAAUUAAGAAUACUUAUUAUUAUAAAGAGUACAUAUUAUUGUGUGGGACAAAUAUAUAUAUUUUUUUUAAAUAAAGAUUUUUUUUUCAAUGUUUAUUGAAUAAAU